UGCUGCAGCGACGUGCAUCAGAUCCGCUUUCACACUCUUCAUCUGCAUUCAAACAUUUAGCAGUUGUUCCAGAGCCGGUCUUGCUUUUUUUUUUUUUUUUUUUUUCUUCAGAGAGCUGCCAGUAAUAUUUCAGUAGUGAAGGAGCUCGCGAAAGCCAACGCGAUCUGCUAUGUGUCAUAGCGAAGAAAGGCAGUAAAUAAAGGGGACGCGUCCGUCUGCGUGAAGAGAGAGCAAGAUGGUGAUCAUGUCUUCUUCUUCUCAUCGUUCCUCUAAAUGCUUGAAUGUGAUGAUGAUCCCCGCGAUCUCGCUCAAGCUCUGUCUGUGGGCUUUUCUUAUCGCCCAUCUUCCUCUGAGCUCUGUCCAGCUGGAAAGUGAUGAUGAUGAAGUGACAAACAAAACGUGGGUUCUGACCCCCAAAGUGUACGAGAGCGACGUCACACAUAUUUUGAACAGCUUACUAGAUGGCUACGAUAACAAGCUGAGGCCAGACAUCGGAGUCAAACCAACCGUGAUCCAAACUGACAUGUUUGUCAACAGUAUUGGUCCAGUAAACGCCAUCAACAUGGAGUACACGAUUGACAUCUUCUUCGCCCAGACGUGGUAUGACAGGCGGUUAAAGUUCAACAGCACCAUGAAGGUUCUGCGUCUCAACAGCAACAUGGUGGGGAAAAUCUGGAUCCCUGACACGUUUUUCCGCAACUCUAAGAAGGCAGAUGCCCACUGGAUCACCACACCUAAUCGCAUGCUUCGGAUAUGGAACGACGGGCGUAUACUGUACACUUUAAGGUUGACCAUUGAUGCAGAGUGCCAGCUUAAACUGAAUAACUUUCCGAUGGAUGAACAUUCAUGUCCCCUGGAGUUCUCAAGCUAUGGCUACCCCAAGGAAGAGAUUGUAUACAAGUGGAAGCGCAGCUCAGUGGUGGUUGGAGACAUCCGCUCUUGGCGUCUUUACCAGUUCUCCUUUGUUGGCUUGAGAAACACCACAGAGGUUGUCAGGACUGUGUCAGGAGAUUACGUGGUUCUGACCGUCUUCUUUGACUUAAGCAGAAGAAUGGGUUAUUUCACCAUCCAGACAUAUAUCCCUUGUACCUUGAUCGUUGUUCUGUCCUGGGUUUCAUUUUGGAUCAACAAGGAUGCAGUACCAGCCAGAACUUCUUUGGGAAUCACGACUGUGCUUACCAUGACCACUUUGAGUACCAUUGCUAGGAAGUCCUUACCCAAAGUGUCGUACGUCACCGCUAUGGACCUCUUCGUAUCAGUGUGCUUCAUCUUUGUUUUCGCCGCUCUGAUUGAGUACGGAACGCUCCACUACUUUGUGAGCAACCGCAAGCCCAGCAAAAACAAAGACAAGAAGAGGAAAAAUCCUCUCCUGCGGCUCUUUUCCUCAAAGCAGGCCCCCACUGUGGACAUUCGCCCGCGUUCGGCCACCACCAUCCAGAUGAACAACGCCACCCACAUGCAGGAGCGGGACGAGGAGUACGGCUACGAGUGUCUGGAUGGGAAGGACUGCUCCAGCUUCUUCUGCUGCUUUGAGGACUGUCGCUCAGGAGCGUGGCGGCACGGCCGCUUGCACAUCCGUGUCACUAAGAUAGACUCUUACGCCCGCAUUUUCUUUCCUACUGCAUUUGGUCUAUUCAACGUAGUUUACUGGUUUUCCUAUCUCUAUCUUUAAAAUAUUUAGAAAAAAAUAGGUUGGCCUUAUUUUAUGUUACAGAUUCCAGCAAGACCCUUUCUUGGAAACAUGCACCCACUGAAAUAAAAAUUAGUUGCAUUGUGUUGUUGUUGUUUUACCAUUCUAUGUAAGGUUUUUUUGUUUGUUUGUUUGUUUUUUUUACGUGAAUUUUAG